AUUGUAUUUCCCGAGGACUCUUGACAUUUCUAUAAAUAAACCGGUAUAAAUUGGUAGGAGUAACCCUUGGUCAAUCAUUUGCUGCUAUCGAAUCAUACGAGAAGUGCGCCAGACUUUGUUCCCGCAGUGCUAGUAAUUGUGUUGUAUUGUGCAUAUUUCAAAGUCUAAGAAUCUCAUUCAGCAAUAAUAAGUCAGCAUGAGGAUACAAAAAUUUAACACAUUGUUGGCCAAAGAGUCGAAGCCGCAUGUCCUAAAAAACUGCAGUCUCGUUAUAGACGCACAGAACUAUUUCUAUGAAAUGUACAAGAAAAGUGAGCUUUCGGCUAAUUACGGCUGUGAAAGUAACCAUUUUGCGAAUUUCUUGAAAAAUGAACUCGGCAAGUUUAUCAAAGCCAAUGUAAAGUGUUACUUUAUUUUCAAAGGAGGGUCGAAAGAUAUCGAAAAGCGACGCAAUAAAAAAAUGACUCAGUAUUACGGAAACUUUGUAUCGACAGUGUUCAUGAAAACUAUUUGCAGACAGGUGCUGGAAGAGAUGGGCUUCGACUACGUUAUAUGCGAAUUGGAAGCCAAGGAGCAAUGUGUCGCGCUCGCUAACAAACUGAAAUAUCCAACCAUGAGCAACGACAUUGAAGUAGGCAUCUUAAGUAAUUCCUACAUCAAUUAUUAUCAAGUUUCUUUCAAUCCUACCACGAAUGGCAUUCAGUGUAAAUUGCUACGAUUUAGCAAUUUCUUAAGAAAAUAUAAAUUAACUAUAGAGAAGUUUUCCGUUUUUAUUUUGGUUACCGACACAACAAUUUAUCCCGAAGGAUUUUUCGCUGACUUUUUGAAAAGAUUUGAAGUACGAAAUCAGCUUGCUGCUCAAUAUGAAAUAAUACUUCGAUGGCUAUCAAGUCAAUCAAAAGACGAAGCUCUUAAUGAAGUUACAAAAACAUUCAAACCGAAAGAAAGGAAUGAUAUCUUACUAAAAGAAAAGGAUAUAUUAAAUGCGCUUCGCACUCCACCGUCACUCGGUAUACCCUAUCAUUACUUCUUUAACAAACAACAGAUCCACAUUACGCCUAAUGAUCUGCAGUGGUUCGAGAAAGGCAUAGCUUUAAGAUACAUCGCCAUACCGUAUAUAAACUUGUACACCCAGGGUAUUAUCGAUGGUGGUUGGGCAUUUCAUGACCGUUCAAUGCCUGAUGCACUCCUGUUUUCUGCGGACAUCAUCAAGUAUGCCCUCAACUUAUUAUCCAACUACAGCAGAGACUCUUUCCAAAUUGAAAGAGAUAAUGGCGAAAGUAUUAAAGUUAGCACGAAAAUGCCGGAUGUUCCAAAACCAGAUUAUACGGUCAGCAACGUCAUAUUCGAGGACGGUUGGGAUCGCGUCGAAAAGCUUCGUUUAUUGAACAUUUUUAUAGGCACACUAUCAGAGGUGCCAAAUGGGAAUUCUUGCAAGCAUUGCCGUGUGAGGCAAGAUUGUUGAUGGUGGCUCUGGUCUACAUGGCGCAGAAGCACGACACGUGGGGGGAACGCGAGGCGUACAGCGUGCUGCUGUCGUUCGCGGUGCUAUGCAACGACGACAUCAAUAUGGAAAAGCACGACCGCGACUGCGCCCUUCUAGACCUCACUCAAAAUUACAUGACGGAAUGUGAAAUUGAUAAAACGCUAGUUUACCCCAUGUUCCAGUUCCAAUACUGUCUCGAGCAUAUGAAUUAUUUGAACGCGCUAUGUGGUUUCCAAUACAAAGCUACAAUUUACAGCAAAACCAAUAACAGCAAGUUAAUCUAUAAUGUUCUGAAGAAGUUAAAUGAGUCCGAUGUUGAUCCACUCGCACAAAUAUCCCAGAUUUUGAAAUCGGCGCCGACUGUUGUAAACUUUAUAAAGAAGCUUGUAGACACAAACAAAAGAAUCAUGCCAUUUAAAAAUUUAUUGUAAGGUAAUGAAACCCUCGGAGGCGCACAAUUUUUAAAUCUUCAUAAAAUCCUUUAAUAAAUAAUAUAAGAGAAACCUUUGAUUAAAUUGCAACAUAACUACAUAUUAUAAAUUUAAUAUUAAAAGAACUAAUAAAUAACGUCAGUAUGAACAAAUAACACCUAAAGCAUAGAUAGUGGGCCUUGUUAGGAACCGGGCUAUCUUCAGUUUGUCGAUUGAUAUAUCUCAAUUCGCUAAAUAUACAUCUUAUUGUUUAGGUCAUGUUCACAUUUCGUUAAGGAUCUAAAUAUAUCAUGAUAUCCUGUUCCAACAAUGCCCGCCCUCGGAUAUUGAAGCGACUUAAUACUAAUUGUAUUAAAUAUUAUUGUGCUAA